AUGUUCUCGAGGCUGCCAGUGCUGCCUUUUCGGCAGCUUGCCCUAUUGGCAAUAUGCCACUUUGCUGAGGCGGUCGUACUCUCCUCCAUCGUCCCGUAUAUGCUUCUCGCGCAGCCCGAUAUGCUCGAACAUGCCGGUGUACCAAAGGACGAUGUGCCUAAGUGGGUAGGCUUCAGCACUACAGCGACCGCUACCUGUGCGGGCGUAAUGGGCAUGGUAUGGGGCAUGGCCUCUGAUUCCAUUGGUCGGAAACGUGUUAUCCUGCUUGAACUGAACCUCAUGCUGGUUUUCAUCCUACUGUUUGGCUUCUCACAACACCUCGCUUUACUGGUGCUGUUCCGGGCUUUGCUCGGUCUCGUUAGUGGUAGCGUCGGUAUUAUGCGCACCAUGAUCGCAGAGAUGGUCCCUGAAAAGCUACUCCAGCCGUAUGCUUUCAGCAUCCUACCUACCGUGGAAACAAUCGGGUCUGGGUUUGGUCCCGCCCUAGGAGGAUUCUUGGCUCACCCCGCAGAGCAUUAUUCUGGCAUCUUCGGCAAUGUCAAACUCUUGAAAAUGUUUCCAUUUGCUUUGUCUAGUAUAGCUUCUAGCUGCAUUGUGGCUGUCGCUAUUACUAUGGCGUCUGCUUCCCUUCAUGAAACAAAACCGGGACUGAAGGAUUCCCCUGACUCUGAAUUGAUAUUUGGGAAGAUUCUGAGGAAAGUGUGGGCGCUGCGGAAUAGAGAGACCCCUGUCCAACCGGUUGGCGUUGAUGAGACAACAGCUCUACUUAGUGAUGCGAUAGAAGAAGUAGAGGAGGACUUGCAGCGCAUAGAAGAGGAUUUAGAGCGCAGAGCAGCUGACCUCAAGCGCCGUUGGCUCAGCAUUAUCUCUCCACAGCCUAUUCUCCUUUUGUCCAUAACCGGUGUGAUGAGCAUGCACACCGUGGCUUUCGACUCAUUGUUCCCGGUACUCUUGCACUAUCCUGUACAACAUCUAAAAGGAAACCCAGAUGUGCGAUUACCCUUCAAAUUUAGCAGCGGACUCGGGUUAGAUACGAGUGAGAUGGGCCUUUUCUAUUCAAUUGUCGGCGUAUCCAGCAUGAUAGUCCAGCUUGUCAUAUUCCCAUGGGCAGCCAAGAAGUAUGGGAUCCUCCAAUGUCUGAGGCUGGCUUCUGCCGUUUUCCCCAUACUGUAUCUGGCGGUCCCAUUUGUACCUCUCCUCCCGCAGCCCCUGGCCAGUGUGGCAGUGUGUGCACUGUUGAUUUUCAAGAUGGCCGGAUCCGCCUUCGUUUUCCCCUGCUGCACGAUUCUGAUCAGUGAGGUAGCGGGAGCUAUUGGCAUGUUGGCAACCGUGAACGGAAUAGGUACUAGCAUUAACGCCUUUGGACAAGGUCUUGGGCCGGGACUCCUGGGGACAGUAUUCUCGUUUGGUGUGAAACAAGGCUAUAUGAUUCUUCCUUGGUGGUUACUGGCUGGGUUCGCGUUUCUGAGUUCGCUUCCAGUGGCCUGGGUCACGGAGAUGGAUAUCUCGCCACCCGAGGUGAUCUUUCCGCCCAAUGAAGAAGAGCAGCGAGUUGGUGGCAGUGAGGAUGAUAUGGACGCCCGCGGCAGACAACCAAAUCAACCCAGACUAGUUAGUUUUCCGGGUUGA